AUUUUAUAUUGCAAAAUGCAAAAAUUUGUGCAAAAUAUCUAAAAAGUUUAAUAGUUAAUAGAAGCAAAUUAACAAAGUCUAGUGCAAGCAGGUGUAAUGCUCUAAAUGUUUAAGUUUUGUUAACUAGUGGCGUAAAGUUUAGUGUACAUUAUUGCAAAACCGUGCACAUUCUUGAUCGAAGAUGUUGCCGCCAAAGGAGAAUGUGGAUCUGGAGUGUUUCAUAGUGACGAAGCACUCGUGGAAGGGAAAAUACAAGAGGAUUCUUUCCAUUGGCACCGCCGGCAUUUCCACCUACAAUCCGGACAGAUUUGAUUUAACAAAUCGUUGGUCCUACUCGGAUGUUGUAGCUGCCGCACCCACGAAAACCACAAAUAUUCCAAAUGAAUUUGUGCUCACGAUUAAGAAAGAUAAGAAAUUGGAUACGAUCAAACUUUCUUCGGAAUAUCGCAACGAUAUACUCAGUUCCAUUUUAAAAUACUACAGGGAAUUCGCUGACAAGCCCAAAAAUGCUCUGCGAUUUAAUGCCUAUAAAUACCAUUGGUCGGGCAUCAGUUUGCCCACUGUGCUGGAGGUUACGCCGUGCUCCUUGGACCAAUUGGAUCCGACAACGAAUGAUGUGCUCACCAGCUAUAUGUAUAAGGACAUUGAAGGAAUAAUAGCAGGCAUCUCGGACUAUGAUAAUGGCAUCGUGAUGGCCUACGGCGGCUUCAGUCGCCUCCAUAUGUUUAAGGCGCUCAAUCAUCAUGAGAUCGUGCAGAAUAUCGCCCAACGAUCCGCCCAGUUUCUCGGUAUUGAAACCAAAAUACUCAAGAGCCAAAUAACGCGUGAACAAUUCGAGCGUCAAAGAUUUGGAAAGUAUAGCGGUGAUCAGUUCCAAACCUCGAUGACCGAGUUCACAGUGCAAAAGAUAACGCCACGGCAUCCGGAUCCAGUGAAGCGUAUACUCUGCCUCACGGAGGUAACGCUGCUGGAGCGUGAUCCCCAAACAUAUAGCGUCUGCACGUUGCGCCCCCUGGCUGAUGUAUUUGCAUUGGUUCGCGAUAAGGACAAUCUACAGCGUUUUUGUAUUGAAUAUAAGAAUGGCAUUGUACGCAGUUAUAGUACCAAUGAUCGUGAUUCGUUGCUUGCCACUGUGCUGGAUGCUGUGCGCUCCAGUGGCAAUCAGGAUGUUCAUAUCCGCAUUGGCAAUACGCCGCGUGGCAAGCGCUUUGUGCCUCUUAACAGUUCCGUCGAUGAGGAGACGGAGGCUAGUCUCUUGCGUCUGGUUAUCAACAAUUUCCAAAAUCCAACCAAACGACAUGAGAUCCUCGAGCGUUUCAAUGCCAAUGUGCCGCACAGUGGACUAAAUUACAGUGUCACCCAGGAUAGUCUGUUUGCGGAGAACAAAGAGAAGCUGAUUUUAAGUGCUCUACAAGCUCUGGCCCAAAAGGAGCUCGACAGUCCAACGGCGCAGCUGGCCAACAUCGAACUGGAAGCCAUAUUCCAUGGAUUGACUCGUCUGCUGGCCAGCAAAGUGGGUUAUGCGGCCUUUACAAAUCUGCCCGGUUUUCGUGAAAUCAUUGGCACCAAAGUUGUGGCCGCAUUGCGUCGCAAGGAUCUGGCUGUUACCUAUUCGGCUAUUGAUAUGAUCAACUCGUUGAUGCAUUCGGUAAACACCGAUCAUGAUCUUAAGCAGGAGCAAUUGAACAAAUCUUCCAUAUUAUCAUCGAAAUCAUUUCUGGAAACGCUGCUCAAUAUGUGGACAACGCAUGUGAGUCAUGGCAGCGGUGCAUUGGUCUUGUCCGCAAUGCUGGACUUUAUGACCUUUGCGUUGUGUGUGCCUUACAGUGAGACCACCGAUGGCAAACAGUUUGACAUACUGCUCGAACUGGUGGCCGAGCGUGGUCGCUAUCUCUACAAGCUGUUUCAGCAUCCAUCCCUGGCGAUUGUCAAGGGAGCUGGCUUGGUGCUGCGGGCCAUUAUCGAGGAAGGUGAACUGCAUGUGGCCCAGCAAAUGCAGGCGUUGGCUUUGGAUGAGGCAGCACUCUGUCGUCAUUUGCUGGUAGCACUAUAUACGCCCUCCAAUGAUCCCACAUUGAUAACGCAUCGCCAGUUGUCGCGUCAUUUGAUCGGACUCUGGCUGACAGACAGCGAGGAGGCCAUGGAGCUAUUUAAGCGUAUUUUCCCCGCAGGCUUGUUAACCUUCCUGGAAACGGAGGAGAGUGUUCCUGACACGGAUGUGGAGGAGGAUAAAUUGAAUUUUCGCGAUAACCUCAAGUUUGCAAUUCAACAUUCCAAAAAAACUCGCAAGAAUGUGAUAGAGAAGCAUUUGCAAGGCAUUAAACAUUGGGGCAUGAACCUCAUCGAGCAACAGGAUAAUGCCGCCCAGGCAUUAAAGAAUCGCCCGGUUGUGCUGCGCAAUCGACGGCAAAAGAAGAAAACCUCUGAUGCCAUUAUCAAUCUGCCCUAUUUCUUUUACAACUUUGCCAAAGAUCACAGUUUGCCCAAUUUGAUAUGGAAUCACAAGACGCGUGAGGAGUUGCGCAUGUGCUUGGAGAACGAGCUGCGUCAGUUCCUCAACGAUCGCGAUUUGGCCGGCCAGAUGAUUGUGGCCUGGAAUUAUCAGGAAUUCGAGGUGGGUUAUCAAUGUCUGGCGGAGGAAAUCAAAAUUGGCGAUUAUUAUAUACGCCUCAUACUGGAGAAGGAUGAUUGGCCGCAGAAUUUAGUCAAGGAUCCGAUUGAACUCUUUAAUGCUUUGUAUCGACGUGUGCUGUGUCGUCAGCGUGUCAAUGAUGAUCAGAUGACGGUAUUCUCAUUGCAGGCGCUGGCCAAGGUCUAUAGACGCUAUCACAAGGAGAUCGGCAAGUUCAGCGACAUGUCCUACAUUCUGCAGUUGAGCGAUCGCUGCCUUUCUCCUUCCAUGCGUGAUGCUUUAAUCAAUCUUAUAUCCUGUCUGGUGCUGGAGAAGUCCAACUGCCGUGCUCUGAUCGAUCAUGUUCAGUGUCUGGUCGAUCUGAUUACAUUGGCACAUCUGCACAAAGGACGCGCUCAGUUGAAUACCAAGACAAAUGUAAUUGAAGCUGGUCCUAACAUGGCUGCCUAUGAGGAGAAGGAUUGGUACUACAACAUCGAAAAGGAUGGCCAGAAAGCGGAGCGUCAGGGACCCAUCACCUACUCCGAACUGAAGGAACUUUGGCAAAAGGGACAGAUCACACCCAAGACACGUUGCUGGGCCAUUGGCAUGGAUGGCUGGCGUUCCCUGCAGCAGAUACCGCAGCUCAAGUGGUGCUUGAUUGCCAAGGGAACGCCAUUGUACGAUGAAACGGAGCUGGCUUCCAAAAUACUUGACAUACUGAUCAAGUGCACCAGUUUCUUUCCGAGUCGCACCCAGAAUGGUGAUGCCGUGCUCAUUCCCGGUCCCAAGUUAUCGCGCAAGCUCUCGGAAUUCAUUUGUCUGCCACAUGUGGUGCAGGUGUGUCUGACCCAUGAUCCGGGAUUGCUGGAGCGCGUCGCUACGCUACUCUGCCAGAUAAUGGAGGACAAUCCAGAGAUGCCCAAGGUGUACAUGACGGGUGUCUUCUACUUUAUGCUCAUGUACACGGGUAGCAAUAUUCUGCCCAUCACCCGAUUCCUUAAAAUUACACACAUGAAGCAGGGAUUCCGCAGCGAGGAGACCUCACAAUCGGGCAUUAUGCAUCGCAGUAUUCUGGGCCAGCUGCUGCCCGAGGCAAUGGUCUGCUUCCUGGAGAAUUACAGUGCUGAAAAGUUUGCCGAAAUCUUUCUGGGUGAAUUUGAUACGCCCGAGGUGAUUUGGAGCUCCGAAAUGCGGCGGCUGCUCAUCGAGAAGAUUGCAGCACAUAUUGCUGACUUUACGCCACGUUUGCGUGGACACACGAUGGCCAGAUAUCCGUACUUGGCCAUACCCGUGAUCAGUUAUCCGCAGCUGGAGAAUGAACUCUUCUGUCACAUAUAUUAUUUACGGCAUUUGUGCGAUACACAAAAGUUUCCCAAUUGGCCCAUCUCGGAUCCGGUGCAGCUGCUGAAGCAUACACUGGAUGCCUGGCGAAAGGAGGUGGAAAAGAAACCGCCACAGAUGACCAUACAACAGGCUUACCAAGAUCUGGGCAUUGAUCUAACCAAGACGCCCAAACCGGAUGAGUCUGUCAUACGCAAAAGUUACUACAAGUUGGCGCAAAUGUAUCAUCCGGAUAAGAAUCCCAAUGGUCGUGAAAUCUUCGAGAAGGUCAAUCAAGCCUACGAGUUUCUGUGCUCCCGCAACGUUUGGAGUUCUGGCGGUCCGGAUCCCAACAACAUUGUGCUCAUCUUGCGCACACAAAGCAUACUCUUUGAACGUUAUGCUGACGUUUUGCGUCCGUAUAAAUACGCUGGUUAUCCGCAGCUCAUCAAGACCAUACGGCUGGAGACGCGCGACGAUGAGCUCUUCUCCAAGGAGGCACAACUGCUGACCGCCGCCUCGGAGCUGUGUUAUCACACGGUUCACUGCUCGGCAUUGAAUGCGGAGGAGCUGCGUCGCGAGGAGGGAAUCGAGGCAUUGCUGGAGGCCUACACACGUUGCGUUUCCAUACUGGGUGUGGACUCCAAGCCGGAUUCAUUGCACUAUCAGGUCAUCUCGAAUGUGACACGUUGCUUUGAGGUUGCCUGCAACUUUGAGAAGUGUAAACAGAAGAUCAUUCAGUUGCCGCAGUUGCUCUCGGAUGUCUGUCGCGUGGUCUACUUCAAGCACACAUUGUCUGUGAGCUUGGUGACCAGCUUGGCCGCCAAUAACUAUGAUCUGCAGUGUAAUCUGUCAAGGAACGGCGUGCUCUGGUCGCUGCUGCUGUUUAUCUUCGAGUAUGAUUACACGCUGGACGAGAGCGGGGUGGAGGUUAGUGACAAGUCUAAUCAACAGCAAUUGGCUAACAAUUUGGCCAAAAUGGCAGUACUGGGCUGCAUUGGUCUUGCCGGCUAUAGCAUGGAACUACGACAAAAGCCCAACACAGGCAGCGAAUCCAAUUCGCCAGCUUCUAAUCCAUCUACAAAUCCUGCGCCCGCUAUCAAACCGAAACCGCCGUCAAGGACCAACUCGGCAUACACACAGAAUGCGCACAAUCCGCUGCAGAGCAAACAGCUGUCCAUAACCUCAGGCAAGGAGAAGGAGCCGGCAACUCUCACCAAGCAGGACUCGAGUGUCAGCAGUGACACCUCCAGCUCAACUGCCACAGACAGUGACCAACAGCAGCAGCAGCAACAGGUGCGUCCCAGCGCCAUCCAACAGAAGUACAUAGUCACGGGUGAACCGAAGAAUACGCUGAUUAAGCAGGUGCUGGAUCGCCUCUUGACCCGUUACAUAGCCAAUCAAUUGGCCACAGUGUCAGACAGCGAGGUGCUCAAGUUGCUGACGGCCAACACACGCAAUCCGUAUCUCAUCUGGGAUAAUGGCACGCGUGCCCAGCUCAAGGAUUUCCUUGAGCAACAGCGCACGGCAUCCGCCAAGGAGACACACGAGGAUAUUGCACAAGUCUAUGAGUUGGUCUCCAGCUUCGAAUUCGAUGCACACAAAGAUGAACUGCAAAUUGGCGGCAUCUUUAUACGCAUCUACAACGACAUGCCCACGUUUCCCAUUAUCCAACCCAAGCAGUUCAUAAUGGAUUUGUUGGAGUACUUAAAGCAUGCCUAUCAGUUCUUGCACCACAAGCAGUCACCGCCUGCACCGCCGCCACCUGCUGUGGCACCCAAAAUGGGCAGUGAUGGCAUACUGACGCCCACCCUGGCGCCCAAUCAUCCCCAGCUGAAGCAUCAGCAAUCGCGCACUUUUGAUGAUGUCUUGAAUGCCUACAAUCGGUCCAAGACUCGCAAAAAGUUGGAAACGGAUGCCCAGGCGGAGCAGCAGCUGUCGUUGCAGCAGACCAAAUACGACUUUGCCAGCGACAAUCAAUUGGAGCUGCACAUCACGAUGGUGCUCCGUGCCUUGAUAGCUGUGAUCAAGUCGAAUGCUGAGGUGGAAAUUCAAUGCAUUGGCAAUUUCGAUAUGAUAUUCGGUUUUCUAGCCAACAAUAUAUUCGCUGAUAAUUCAAGCGUUAAGGCUGUGGCCUUGGAAGUUGUUGCCCUGGUGUCGCGUAAUAAGGAAUGCGUCUCGGAAGUGGCUGCCUGUGAGAUACUUGGCAACUAUUUGGUGGCACUGAAGGAUCCCGAGCUGCGUGCCAGCCAAGUGAAAGUGCUAGAGACGCUUUCGGGACUGAUGAAUGUGCAGGAGAUGAUCAAGGAAGCGCAGGCGAAGGGCGCUGUCAUCUAUUUGCUGGACAUGUUCUGCAAUUCUCGCAACCCGCAGAUCCGUGAGAUGUGUGCCGAAAUUCUGGCCAAGAUGACAGCAGAUCGUCUGAGCGGCCCCAAGGUGCGCAUUACCAUUUCGAAGUUUUUGCCAGCGCUAUUCAUCGACGCCAUGAUCGAGUCACCAGCCACAUCUGUCCAGCUCUUUGAGUCCAUUCACGAGCAUCCGGAGCUCAUCUGGAAUGAUAAUACGCGCUCCAAUGUGUGUGAUGCCGUUGCCGAAUCGUGCAACAGAUUUUAUCAGCAUCAAAAGACAAAUGCUAGACACUUGUGGAAGGAUCCUGAGAUGCUUAAGGAUAUUGUGUCCAAUGAGGUUGUUGUCGCCGGCGUCUACUUGCGUCUGUUUGUCAGUAAUCCCGCCUGGACUCUACGCAAACCCAAACAGUUUCUGUCCGAUCUCUUGGAUUUUGUCGUCGAGCAAAUUAGCAAGAGUUCAGCGGAGCCAGACGUUCUGGAUUUAUCAACCACGGCGCUAGUUGAGUUGUUGCGCUCUCAGCCAAAUCUCGCUGAUGACAUUCCAGUGCUGGGACACAUACCCAAGCUAUUCAACCUGCUUUCGGUGCAGCCAAAGAACACGCUAUCAGUAUUACACCAGCUAUCGCUGUCUGAGUUUUGUGUUAGCGCCAUUUCGCAAACGGAGUGCAUUGCGCCGCUCAAGAAAUGCAUGGAACACAACCGGGAUUGCAUUGAGAAGGCAUGUGAAACGUUGAGUCGCCUCUUUAAACAUCAACAUGAUUCGUUAAUCAGUCAAACGCUGGAGGUGGGUCUUAUACCGUUUCUGCUGGGAUUACUGGACAGUCGUUUGGAGUUUGUUGACAAUGCAUCCGCAGUCAAAGCACAAAUUGUCGCUGCACUCAAGGGAAUGACACAUAAUCUCAAUUAUGGCGAUCGUGUGACGCAAAUUUUGCUCAAGCAUCCCGUAUGGGCAGAGUUCAAGGAUCAGCGCCAUGAUCUCUUCAUCACGGACACAAACGUUCGUGGCUAUUUGACUGGCAUCAAUCCGACGGCGGGAUACCUCACCGCAGGACCAGCGCAAAGCGUUGAAGUGCUUACCUCACCACCGCCCAUUGAUCGCGAUGAUCCUUCAGCACGCCCGCCCAUAGAUUAGCGGCUCCUUAUUUGCCCCAGCCAGACUAAAGCGAAGCAUCAGUUAUGAGGGUCUUCUGCCUUUACAAACAUCAUCUGGAUUAUUGCCACGGGAACUUCGUAUGGAUUUCCUUUAUUGUAUUAAAAGUUUUGCAUAUUUUUACACAACACACACACGCCGCACUUUCAGAGGAAAAAGGGAAUACGGAGGCGUAGCUGUCAGAAGAAAAACACAUAUUAACAAUCUGUAUCAAAGUCUACGAAACGUUUAAUUUUUUUAUAUUUAUAUAAAUUGUAUAAAUAAUUAGUUGAUAGUGAAUAUACACAUACAAGCAUACAUAUACAUCUUAACUAAAACAAGCAUGCAUAAAGUGAUUAUACAUAUGUAUUAUGAAUUAAAAGCAGACUCAUUAAAAAUGAAACAUGUUCUGAAUAUA